AUGUUGAGCUGCCGCCUGUCGCUCAUCUAUGUCUCUUUGUCCCUGUUAAUGCUGCUGGUAUGCAGCGAGGAGACAGUUGGGGUCAGAUCAUCAGAAGUCUCGGACAACAAUAGCCAGGAAGAAAAGGAGCUGAUAGAAGCUUUGCAGGAAGUUCUGGAGAAACUCAAAAGCAAAAAGAUCCUUCCUCUGGACAAGAAGCUAGGAUGGGUACCUUCCUGUGAUGCUGGGGAGCAAUGUGCAGUAAGAAAAGGAGCACGAAUUGGGAAGCUGUGUAAUUGUCCAAGGGGGACUUCUUGUAAUUUCUAUAUCCUCAAAUGUUUGUAAGCAGCCAAAGCAGAUGAGAUGAAGACUGAGAUACUUCAUUAAAGAAGGAGAAGCAAGAAGAGGCGUUCUGAUUUGUCCCAGGUUCAAUUUCCAUUGUUACCCCUUAGCUCUGUCUGGUAAAGAAAAAAAAGAAUCAAUUUAGUGGAUUGCCAUCUCUACCUUAAACCCUGAAAGAUACACAGUAAAGACUUGUCCUCACAUUUCAAACCUCCUCCACCUUACUGUACAUGUCACUGUAU